AUGAAACUGAGUUUAAAUGGCUGUGAUGCAGACGCUCUCUACUACGUUCUGCUCGAUGUUGUACCUGUGGACAAUAAACGAUAUCGUUAUAUCUAUAACAAAUCGUCAUGGCUGACGGCCGGCAAAGCUGAACCGGCACCUCGUAAUCGUCUCUAUAUGCAUCCUGAUUCACCGUUCACUGGAGAACAGUUGCUGAAGCAAGUGAUAUCAUUCGAGAAAGCCAAACUCACGAACAAUGAAGUCGACAAAACUGGCCAUUUGAUUUUGAACUCAAUGCACAAAUACCAGCCUCGGAUUCACAUCGUGAGAAGGCCACGAGAGUAUCCUAUCGAACAGACUCACUCAAUUGAUUUGCACAAUGAACACUACAAAACAUUUCAAUUCACCGAAACACAAUUCAUGGCCGUCACAGCCUAUCAGAAUCAGUUGAUUACAAAACUGAAAAUUGAAAAAAAUCCAUUCGCAAAAGGAUUCCGAGAUCCAAGCGGUCGAUCGCCUGAGUAUGAUAUCGAUCCAAGACCUGACAAUGGUUCACUGCUGCUACCAUCACUGUAUUCGCCAGCAAUACUGCAACAAGCGUUGUUCAAUCAAUAUUGGAUUGGCAAAAUCCGACCGAGGAUCACAUUUCCAUCUCAAAUACUCUCACAAAUGUUCCUCACAAACAUGAAUUCAGUUCCUGCCUUCUCCAAUAUAUCGCCACCGACAUCGUUACCAAUGAUGCCACGACUGCUCGAUGCGAAUAUGCCAUCAAUGGAUAACGAUCAACAAAUUAUUUCCUUAAGAGAUUCUGCUUCAAAAACGUACUAG